AUGAUGGUAGAGACAAUGGAACAGGUUGAGCUUUGCACUCUUCCUCUCAACACCUCCUGCAUGUCAACGCUGGCUUCUCCCAAAGCCACACUCAUCAGAACACUGUUGUACUGCAUCGUUUUGCUCACUGUGAUGCUCAACCUGUUGGUUGUCAUCUCCAUCUCUCAUUUCAGGCAGCUUCACACCACCACCAAUGUCUUCCUCCUCUCCCUGGCUGUGUCUGACUUGCUUGUGGGUCUUGCAGUGAUGCCAGCUGCAGUUGACCAGCAGUCCUGCAGGUUUCUGGACAAAAUCACAUGUGCUCUCUUGUUUUUGUUGGGCUUUACUCUCACUUCUUCCUCUGUUGGAAGUAUGGUGCUCAUAUCAGUGGACCGUUAUGUGGCUAUUUGUGCUCCUCUGCACUAUUCUUCCAUGAUAACACCAAAGAGAGCUAAAAUCUGUGUGUCUUUGUGUUGGAUCUGUUCUGUUAUCUAUAACGUCAUAAUAUUAAAAGAUCACUUAGCCAUUAAACUCAUUGUCAGCCUUCGAAUACUGCAGCCAGGUUCCUGUAAGACAAAGAUAAUGUAGAAAAUAGCC